ACUCCCUCCUGCUUGUGCCUUCACUUCCCAGAUCGGUGUCAUUCGCGUCAAUCGCGCUCUGAAAGCUCGUUGUGAAUGUCAGAAACAUGUUUUCCGUGAUUCGUUAUGCACACAAAAAGUUCAAUUUUUUUUGGACACUCGACCCAAUCUCCGAAGGCUAAAGUCGAUUUGCGCCCGGCGUGUGUGUGCGUAUAAAAAGGGGCACGUAUGCGAAAGCCCUUAGUGCCCUCAGUCAUGCAGAAGCAUACGAUCAACACGUAGUCACCGCCGUAGCAUGGCUACAUUUCUAACACCCAACAGACAUGGAUAUAGUGUGAGAUUCUCGCCAUUCGAUGGCAAUCAGAUUGCAGUUGCCACCAGCCAAUACUUUGGCCUGGCAGGCGGUGGCACUCUCUUCCUGCUUGAAAAUGUUAACAAUCAACUGGUAGAGAAACAGAAAUUCCAAUGGACUGAUGGUCUCUUUGAUGUUGUCUGGUCAGAGUUUGAUCCUAAUAUCAUUGUCACCACUUCAGGUGAUGGUGGUUUACAAAUUUGGAACACAGGAGUUGCUACACCUAUUCAGACACUAAACGAGCAUAAAAAUGAAGUCUACUCAGUGGACUGGACCAGAACAAGGCAACAACAGUUAUUACUAAGUGCAUCAUGGGAUCACACCAUCAAAGUAUGGGAUCCCACUCACAAAUCAUCCCUGAAUACAUUCCUAGGUCAUUCACAGUUGGUAUACAAUGCCAUGUGGAGUCCACACAUUCCACACUCAUUCGCUUCAGUCUCUGGAGAUGGCAAUCUCAAACUGUGGAGUUCGCUUAACAAUAACUCUAGUAUAACAUUUCGAGCACAUGAUGCUGAAGUCUUGUCUUGUGAUUGGUGUAAGUACGAUCAAAACAUCAUCUCUACAUGUGGUUCAGAUGGUUUGAUCCGUGGUUGGGAUAUCCGGAAUUACACUCAUCCGAUAUUCCAAUUACGUGGUUGUGAUUACGCUGUGCGACGAAUACAAUUCUCGCCUCAUGCGAUGAGUUUACUCGCAAGCGUCAGUUAUGAUUACACCACACGCAUCUGGGACUACAAAAAGAGUCCGGAAGCAGUGGAAGUGAUCAAGCAUCACUCCGAAUUUGUCUACGGCCUGGAUUGGAACAAUUUAAAAGCCGGGGAGCUUGCUGAUUGUGGAUGGGAUAGUCUCCUGCAUGUUUUCACGCCGUUGUCAGUAAAAAACGUGUUGAACAUUAUAUAAACAACAUUUGCAUGCAAUUUUACGAGGCUGGAAACUCCGUGAUUCAAGAGAAAUGGGUGGCCUUAGGAUAUAAUUGAAUUCUGAUUCGUUUCGUACAUCCCAUGAUUCCUAUUCGAUUAAUUUUUGGUUUUUGGUGUGAAACACUGAAAUAUACAUAAACAAUAUUGAUAUUGAUGUUGAACAUAGCAAAACACGAUAUUAUACUAUAAGACUAUUUCAAUAUGCAACGACUUUCAUGUGUGUACCGUUACAGCAUAAAUAACUAGAUGAUAAGCAUGGAUUUGUGUUGUGGUUGCGUUUUCUUUUAUUACGGUUAAUGUUUUAUGUUGUUUUAUAUAUAUAUUCUGUUUACUAUACUUGCCAAAUUGACAUUUCCUAAUGUAAAGACUGAAAUACUCGUGUUUUUUGUUCAUAUUUGGCUAAAAAUAUUUGUUUUGGUGAAAGUGAGCAUUUAAUGCGUGCACAUCUAUUGUAUUGACAUGUGUAUCCUUUAACGAACAAAAGAAGAAGUAAAACAUUGAAAACAGAUUAAA